AAUAUGCCAACGCUUUUUUUCCGAUGUCAUUCAUCGCACGCCAUGUUUUCCCAACGAUCCCGUCGCUUCCGCGCUCGUACUUCUUGGGUCAUCACAAGUCAGGCCUGUCUAAGAUGAAGCAGCUGCUCACGUCCAUCGACCUUGUCAUCGAAUGCCGCGACUAUCGAGUCCCACUUAGCUCGCGCAAUCCGCUCUUCGAGACCGCGCUCGAAGGCAAAGAACGCAUCAUUGUGUACACAAAGCGCGAUCUAGGCGGCGGACCGCGAGAGCAGAAGAAUGAAGAGCUGAUUCGCGGGUGGCACAAGGGCAGCACAGUCUUGUUCGUGCGCAACGGUGAGGAGGAGAAGGAGAGCCGAAAGGCGAGUGGCAAAGUGCUCGAGGUGCUGCGCGAACACGCGGAGAAGAGGUGGAAGCUCGUCGGCCAUCGAGUCAUGGUGGUUGGCAUGCCCAACGUGGGCAAGUCCACACUGCUCAACGCGCUGCGCGGCCUCGGCCUGGGCAAGGGCAAGGUUGCGCGCACCGGGGCGCAGCCUGGUGUCACGAGGAAGGUCGGCAGCGGCGUCAAGAUCAUACCCAGCGAGGACGAUGUUAGUGCGGGGAAGGGCGAGAGGGGUGUCGGCGGUGGUGUUUACCUCCUGGAUACCCCUGGUGUUUUCAUCCCAUAUGUUCCGGAUGCGGAGGCGAUGAUGAAGCUUGCGCUCUGCGGGAGCGUGAAGGAUACUAUCAUCCCGCCUGUUGUGCUCGCGGAUUACCUCCUUUUCCACCUCAACCUCGUUGAUCCAACGCUGUAUGCUGAAUUUGCGCCGGGCCCAACGAAUGAUAUCGUGGAGUUGCUGGAGCUUAUGGCGCGCAAGACUGGCAGAUUGGGAAAGGGUGGCAAGGUCGACCAUGAGGCGACGAGUCUUUGGAUGAUUCAGAAGUGGAGACGGGGCGAGUUUGGCAGAUUCGGGUUUGAUAAGUUGGAUGGGGAGAGUCUUGCGAAGGCGAAGAUUGAGGAGGAGGGCAUGGCGCCCAGCAUGAAUCAGGCGCGGAAGGCGGAGAGAGAGAGAAGGAGGGCGAGAAAUAUUGCGAGAGGUGAGGCUUGAGUCGGCUGCUGUCAAGUAUCACGAGCCAUGCACAUUUCUACCGUUGUCAGAUCAUAUUCUCCGCUAUACCCAGUCUCAGAACUACCGAGCUCUCGAAGUCUCUUGCUCUGCACAAUUGAGCGUAUAGAAACUGAUAGGUGUGGAUAGCCUGUCACUAGC